AUCUUCAGGCGAGCGAUGGUGAAAAUGGGAGUGAAAUGGAGGAGAAAGAGGAAGGUAGAGCGGUGAAUGGGGUGGUGGUAGUAGACGAGUGCUGGUGGUGGGCCGCCGCGAGCGCCGCCCAAUUGGGGUGGGGCAUUUCGACCUUCAGAAAGGGGUAUGCCGGCGACUCGCGCCUCAUGCCCUUCAAAGCCUUCGCUGUCGCUUCUCUCUUCGUUGGCGCCGCCGCAUCCGCCGCUGUAGCCUCCCUCCGAGCUUCUGGUCUCCGUUCUGUGGAAGACAUGAAGGCCUUAGGUACAAAUAUACGGACUGAACUUGGAUUACGUCCUAGGGCACGUGAUAAGUAGAUCGAUUCCAACCCAUCAAUUUGUUUGAAUGGGUUCGGCUUUCUCCUACGCCAUUGUAUUAAGAAGUUUUCUAGAGGAAUUACAGGAAACUAGUGUGCCACUGAGUUCUAUUAUACUUUUCUUUUUGAGGCAGAAUGUUACUCAUAUCCAUCUGAAGAGGUUUUAAGUCUCUAAUGUAUUUAUGUGAUGUUCCUAAUGCUUUACUUAAACUUAUCUAAA